GCUCAAGCUUUCUGUUUUUGGCCGUGGCCACUAACGCCUUCGCCACCGCGCUAGCAGAGUACCGAGUGGGAUACGGUUUGCCACAAGGAGCAUUCUACUCGGCGCCCGCCACUUCGUCCGUAGUAUCCGCGCCCGUGGCAUACCCCAUUGGUUCAACGGUAGCGACGUAUCACGCCGCUCCAACAGUAACCGCGUACCAUGCUUCUCCAGGCGUCACGACAUAUCAAGCUGGUCCAGCCAUUGCAACGUACCACACUGCUCCAGCACUCGCAACAACGGCCUACAAGACGGCCGCAGUCGUUUCACCAGGUCACUCUACCGUAACCACCUACCACACUACUCCCACUGUGACCGCCGCCGUAGCUCCUGUGCCUUCGUACACCACCUACAAGACCACUCCUGCAGUCACCCGCUACAUCCAGUCCGCUCCCGUGGUGGCUGCUCCCACUUACACUAAGGUGACUAAGCUGGCAACUCCAGCCAUCACUGCCGUGGCGUCUGGCCCAACCUACUCCACCUACCAGGCCACCCCUGUCAUCACCCGCCAGCACCACACCGCUCCCUUCGUCUCGUCCGUGGUCCACGCCAUUCCAGCAGUGACCUCUGGAUACACCAAGGUCUACCACGCCGCCCCUUCCGUCGCUACCUACCGUGCCGCUCCGGCAGUGACCCGCGUGUACCAGAGAAAUCCAGAGGUCGCCGCCGCUCCGGCCGUCACCACUGCCGUCCACUCCGUGCCAGCUUUCACGUCAAGAGUGACCAAGGUCUACCAGUCUGAUCCGGCUGUCGCCACCACUGUUCACGCCAUACCCGUUGUCGCUACCGGAUUCGCGAAGGUGUACCAGGCUGCUCCUGCCAUCGCCACCUACCGCACCACUCCGCCUGUCACCCGUGUUUACCAGAGUGCUCCCAUUGUCGCUGCGGCUCCAGCUGUCGCCACUGCGGUCCAUGAUGUUCCAGCGACUGUCUCCACCAAAGUCUCGACAUACCAGACCGCUCCCGCCGUCACACGCUACUUUCAAAACAGCCCACUAAUUUCUGCAACCCCAUCCGUUGCUACCACCAUCCACGGUGUCCCAGCACUGAGCAACUACGCCAGCUAUCGCACCGCACCUGCCUUCACCCGCGUAUACCAGGAUGCCCCAACAGUUCUAGCCACUGCUCCGGCUGCUACUCUUACCGCUGUCCACGGUGCUCCCACCGUGACCGCCGUCCGCACUGCCCCUGCCAUCGCCACCGCAGUCCAUGCUAUCCCAGCGACUGUGGCCACUAAGGUCUCCACCUACCAGACCGCUCCUGCCAUCUCGCGGUACUUUCAGAGUAGCCCUGUCUUGGCAGCUACCCCUGCCGUCGCCACCACCAUCCACGGCGUGCCUGCGCUGACCAGCUAUGCCGCCUACCGCACCGCACCGGCCAUCACUAGAGUGUACCAUACGGCUCCAACUUUAGUGGCUGCUGCUCCAGCUGCCACUCUUACCGCUGUCCACGCAGCACCCACUGUGACCGCUGUGCACACUGCCCCUGCCGUGACGGCUGUCCACACCACCCCUGUGGCAAGUGCGCAUGUUGGCACUGCUGUAUCCAGAGUGACCAAGGUCGACCCCUACCACGUAAGCGAGCAGCACACCGUCCACACUAGCCCCGUGGCUACCGCUUUGGCCCACACUCCCUUCUCGACCGCUUCUCAUGUCCCAGCUUUCGGUUACGGAGUCGGACCUCUCAGAUACACCCACGGCUUGCCAGUCUAUGGUCACAACUACGGAUAUGGACUCGACGCUGUCGGCUACGUCGCCAAGCUGCACAAGAAGAAGUAGAGGACUCGGAACGGGAAAGGAAGAACACUGAGUCAUCGUAUUUUCAUUUUCGGAAGACUGUAACAAGCAAUAUCAAACCUAGAGCAACAGCAUACAAAUUUUAUGGAAAAUAAAGCGUUUUGUGUAUUACUUGCA